AGAGAGAAGGGGGAAAGGGAGAAAAAUCGACGAACGGCGAUAUCAUUUUUCUCCCUUGUAUUAUUCGAAAUCGAGCUUGUCGAUGCAGACGCGUCAAGAUUAGCUACGUGCCGGGAAUUCUGGUGUAUAUAUCGGGUGAAUAUCGAAAUCUUUCCGUCUCGUCGUCGUCGUUCGUCGUUACAGAGCGGAGACUUUAAUUUUCCAGCGAUCGAUCGAGCAAAGAAGGGAAAAAGCAUCGAUCGCGCAUCCCCCCCUCGCCGCCAAUUUAUCUCGAACGCGUAAUUUCUCGUUCUCGUUUCUCGACCGAAUGCUCCACAUACGCCCUACUUCUUAUCACGCAUUUAUAUGUAUUUACUUAUUAUUUCGAUAAUAAUUCGCCGAUCGACGGAUGAAUCAAAUUAGGGAAAGUAGAUACAGCUUUACACUCUUCUCCGUUAUUUUCGGCAUCCUCGUCGACAUUUCGUUUAUUCGAAUCUAAUUUUCCGAAAGAAAAGAAAUUUGCCUCGAAAUUAAUCGAUCGUUGGAAUUAUCACGAGCUCUUCUGAAAAGUCAAAUUAACAGCAAAGAAGAAUAUCACGAAGCAUUUUGUUGGCGAGAUCGGUCUAAUUUUUCGAAAGAAAAAAAACCUCUAUCUGAAAUUUUCCAAAGUAAUGAUUAUUGGAAUAUCGAGCCUCGAAGAAUCAAAUUAAGAAUAAAGAAAAGAAUAUCGAUUCCCAAUUACUCACUCGCACUGACGAACAAAAUCCCCGAGCAGAAACAAUGAGAUUCUGAGAGGAAUGUCAUUAUUAAAUGAAAAAACUGAUCUCAUCAUCGAAUUUAUAAUUACGUAUAUUACAGCAACGUUCUCAUUCAAAGCUGUGCCCAAUCGAUAUUAUAUCGUGCACGAGCCGCGUAUAAAGAUAGGCGAAAAUUUUCAAGAGGUUGCGGAUAGAGGUCUGCGACCUGUGAGAGGGGAGCUGUGCAGUGAAUAUUCCAUUCGUAGUCACAGGAUGUGGCGGGAGGGUUGUGUAUGCGGUAUAUACAUGUAUAUAGGCUCGAACGGGGUUGCGGCUAUUCCGGCUACCGGUUCUCGAGGGUUGUUCAGCUAUCAGGGACGACGAAUCGAACGCCUCUACGCUUACUCGUUCCAACGUGCGCCUCCGCGUUGUCGUUGAUACGCCGAGCUGUAUUAAAUCGCCUUUCCUGGACUUAAUUUCAGACGAGAUGACUGACUACUAGAAAAGGAGGAGUAACAAUCGAACACGAUAGCAAAAGUAUUUCAAACGCUUCUUUUUUAACCUUCGAAUUAUAUUCCGAAGAGAGGUUAUGUUAUACUGCUCCGUAAUCGUCCUCUUCGUUGGGAUCGGUUACGUUCAAAUACGCGGACAUUGCGGUCUAAUUGCGCGUGGCUGCGGUUAUUAUUUCCCGCUGUUCCUUCCCCCUCCCCCUCCCCUCCAAGGUCGCGUUCUUACGCUUCCCUCUAAGCACGCCUCCGUUCUAGAUUUCUCCGAUAAGAGGAAACGAAUUCAAGCUGUAACCGAGAGAGGAAACCAAUUCCGUUAAUGGGAGGGAGCGAUCCACCCCCCUGAAAGCAAACCGCAGUUUGGCAAAGGUGAGAUCGAAUUAAACUUCCGUUCCAGCCAAAAAACUCCGCCCGAGAGAAUCUCCAUUUCCAACGUUUGAAAAUUAAACUUCCCUUUUUUCACGUCUCGAUGGAAAUGUACACACACACGCAUAAUAUACGGUGUAUAUUCGGUGUCAAAAUAACACGCGUAGAAGCACAGCAGGGGCAGCGUCCGGUAAGGCUUUGGGGAGAGAGAAAGAGAAUAGCGAAGAGCAGAGAGAGAGAGAGAGAGAGGGAGAAGGUGAACGCUCGCCCCUGAGCCGCGUGUGUCGGGGGUUGCGAGCCGUGUCAGGAUCGGGGGAGGGGGGAGGCGCAGCGGGGGAAGGACGCCGGGCGUCGCGGCGCAGGCUGCCGCACCCAGCAAAGCGCCUGCUCCCCUUGAACCGGCAAAACGUAUACCUGACGCAACCGUGGAGGAGACGGCGACGAGAACGCGCGUCGCUCCCGAGACACGCUGUUGCUAGGCGCGCUCGUUUUCGGUGCUUCCAUUUCUCCCUUCCCUUCCGUAACCCUCCACGGACCGCGUCCGCUUCCGUUUCCGCCAAGGUCAGCCCGACUAUCCCCCCCUGCGUUUAUUAUACCAGGGAAAACCAGCUUUUCCUUCCUUCUCCCCUUCUGCGUGUGUGUGUGCGUAAAUAUAUAUGUAUAUGUAUGUGUAUGCAUAUCUGUGUGCGUGAGAGCGUGCGUGUGUGUCGUCGAGAAGCACUUGGUGCUUUGGCUCGGGCCGUGUUCGUGUGCCGACACGCGGCAGAGAGGAGAUUCGCACGCGGAAGAAGGGGAGAGAAAAGGUAGUGAGAAGGAAAAGGAGCUGGGUGGUGGUGGUGAGGAGGUGUCGUGAGUGAGCGUGGUGGAAACCCGUGGUGUGUUUGGGGAACGGGAGGGAUCGCGGUAUCGGCACGUAUGGGGCAGGAAGUGGCUCAAGUAGAAACUAGUGGGUGGGUGACGAGAGGAGAGGAGGAAGAUUUCGAAGCGGCGUGUCAAGGUUGCACGACCUUGAUUCGGUCAGCGACACGGGCAGAGCACGGCUACGCUUUGCAAAAUCGGGCGCAGAUUCGAAUUUGCGUGCCGAGCACGCGUAUCUCGCUUCCCUACGAAUUUUCUUUAAAAUUCUCUCCUCCUUCUUUCUUCUUCCUCCUCGAUAUAGAUCGAUUAUUAUUAUCGUUGUCGCUCGUUCUUCUUUAUUGUAUUAGUUUUGUCGAAAUUUUAUCGAUCUACGUAGUAGGUAGUUUCGAAGAGAAUUUCUUAUUUUUAUUUGUACCCCGUCUCGUUUCUUUCGUUGGAUCCAUCCGUUUCGAUUUCCCUCGCUGGAUUAUUUCAUCGCGCUCUAUUACAGCGCGUACAUACGCGCUUUUGAAGUGAGGAACGUUUAACGCGGAGAAACCGUUUAGGAAGCUCGCCUUAGGUUAAUUACCGUACCAACGGGAAUAACACUGCGGUGGUCGACUCUGCGGAGACUGCAGACAGACGUGGGUGGUGUCCAUCUUGAAAUAGAUCACAUACCUUGCCUUACGAAUCGUGCUGAUGUUUCUUUCGCGAGAUGUAUCUUCUUCUCGAACUUCGUUGCUCAAAACGAGUUCGAUCGUAUCGAACGUAGCUCCCUCGUUUCGCUUUUGGCGGAAUUCAAAUCGCAGCCCCUACAGCCCUGAUUUAUCGUUAGGCGGUGUCUUUGAGACAGCCACGCGAGAAUCGAGAAGAAACGCGAUCGUAUUGCUAUCCUUUCUUCUCGGUUCAAGUUUUCCGCUUUUCCUCCUGUUUGAAAACGAUUAUCCAUUCCCCAGAAAGGAAAUGCAGAAGAAUCGAAAUGGUGGAUGAUUACACAGGAGAGCGGUUUUAAAACCGACGAAAUCGUGGACGUUCAAAUCUUUGGUUAAAACUUGGUUAAAAUUUUCGAGCUCCGGUGUACGUGUGUUUCCAACGGCAAUAUCGAUUCGAAAGUGGCGAUAUAGCGAAUGCAACGGAAAAGGAAGAAACAUCGGUGGUGAACGAGGAAGUAAUCGAAUGAAAAGCAGCCUCGUGUAUCCAGCGCGCGUUUUAAACCGUAUAUGUGACCGUUCUUCCUCCACAAAUUUGUGCUUUGCUUUUUUUUUUUUUGUUGCCUGCUUUUUUUUGGUGCGAUAAAAUCGACCAAGUGCGAACAAGCGACAGUGAAAGAAGAAAUUUACGUUCUACAAUAGAAAACCGAUUGUGCGCCGAUGAAAACGGUGACUAGUGGUGGGUGAUGAUCAGUGGGCCCACCGUUUCGAAUGAAGUGGUUUUAGGAUGAUGGUGGAGCGUGUCGAGGACCAUCUCUUCAUGUAUCGACGUCCCGUUUACCGGGUCUUCCAGUACCUCGAAACCACCGACCAUGAGGGGAUGAGCACUGGCGUAGGAGAUGGAGCUGGUGGAGGCGGUGGCGGUGGGGGAGGAGGCGGCGGAGGCGUGCAGGGAAGUGGAGGCGGAAGAAACACACCACCCCAUGGAUCACCCACCCCCAUGGACAAGGCGACUUUGAAGGUCCAUCUGCCCAAUGGUGGUUUCAACGUUGUUAAAUUCGGUGACGCGAUCGAUGUGAAGGGUAUCAUCACUUUGGUGACUAGUCGGCUAGCGGUUGGAACCAGACACUAUCAUAACCUUUACGCCAUGAGACUGCAUCAUCCUGGAUCGGGGGAGAGUUACUGGUUGCAUCAGGACACGACCAUGUAUCAGGUUCAAGAAAAAUACGAAAAGAAACACCCUCAUUGCGAAUGGAGGUAUGAGCUGAGAGUACGAUACUUGCCACAGAAUCUCAACGAUCUGUACGAGAAGGACAAAGUGACCUUCUAUUAUUAUUACGAUCAGGUUCGAAACGAUUAUCUGUGCGCGAAUCACGCGGCUCUCGAUCAGGACGUGGCGGUGCAAUUGUGUUGUCUAGAAAUUCGCUACUUUUUCAAAGACAUGCAACAGAUCGCUCUCGACAAGAAGAGCAAUCUCGAGUACCUGGAACGAGAGGUCGGCCUGCACAAGUUUUUACCACGAUCCGUGUUGAAUGGAAUGAAACCAAAGGCGUUGCGCAAGCUAAUACAACAACACUUUAAAAAGGUUGCGGUAUUGUCGGAGCUAGAAUGCAUGUUCAAGUUCUUCGAUCUUCUGCGUGCUCAUUAUAGAUUCGAUCAGGAGAGGUUCAUAUGCGCUUUGGGGUCGAGCUGGUCUAUACCCGUAGAACUAGUCAUUGGACCAGAUUUGGGCAUAUCUUAUAUGGCUCAUAGAGGCGGGACGGUGCCAACGAGAAUCGCGGAAUUCUCCCAGAUACAAUCUAUCCAAACGCUGGUGUCCGAUUGCAAGGAACACGCAAAAGCUUGUAUUAAAUUAAGAAUAGCCGGAGCCGCUGAAACGCUUAGUAUCACGUGCUCGAGUUUAGAUCAAGCGGAAAGUCUCGCGGAUUUAAUAGACGGUUAUUGUAGACUUGUCACUGGAACCAAUACCUCGUUGUGGAACAGAAAAGAUGCUCAUCCCCCGAAAUACAGACAAGACGGUUCCAACAGCCCGGAGAAAAACGUAAGCAAAACGGGGACUAUUUUGUCGGAGGACUACGCGGAAAUUGUGGACGAAGAAGGGGAUUAUUCGACCCCAGCCACCAGAGAUUACGAGAUAGUUAGGAAUCAAGUGGAAUUAGGUGAAAUUAUUGGAGAAGGUCAAUUUGGCAAUGUACAUAAAGGUUCAUACAAAGGGCGGGACAAUCAAGUUAUACCAGUGGCGGUGAAAACCUGUAAAGUCGAUGCUGAUCUCGCGACGUCGGAAAAGUUUCUCGAGGAAGCCUAUAUAAUGCAACAAUUCGAGCAUCCUCAUAUUAUAAGACUUAUCGGUGUAUGUUCUGAACCACCCAUUUGGUUGGUAAUGGAAUUAGCCAAAUUGGGAGAGAUGCGGGCUUAUCUGCAAUCGAACAAACAUCGUCUAGACCUCGCCACUCUUCUACUUUAUACAUUUCAAUUGAGCACUGCCUUAUCGUAUCUCGAAAGCAAGAAAUUUGUCCAUAGGGACAUUGCUGCGAGAAACGUGCUAGUUUCUGCGCACAAUUCCGUAAAAUUAGCAGAUUUUGGUCUCAGUAGGUGGGUGGAAGAUCAAAGUUAUUAUACAGCAAGUAGGUGUAAGUUGCCCAUUAAAUGGAUGGCACCGGAGAGUAUUAAUUUUCGAAGAUUUACUACAUCUUCUGACGUUUGGAUGUUUGGUGUAUGCAUGUGGGAAAUUUUAAUGUUAGGCGUAAAACCAUUUCAAGGUGUAAAAAAUAACGAAGUGAUCCGUAAAUUGGAAAACGGAGAAAGACUUGCUUUACCGAAUCACUGCCCUCCACGAUUAUAUUCUUUGAUGUCUCAGUGUUGGAGUUACGAACCCAGUAAACGACCAACGUUCAAAGAGAUCAGAGAAACUUUACAUGAAAUUUUAUUGGAGGAGAAACAUCAGCAACAAGAAACGAUGAGACGGGAGAACAGAAGAGUACAAGCCAUGUCUUGGGGGGCAGAUGAUGUACCGCCACCGAAACCUUCGAGGCAACCGCAAAACACGACGGAUCAAUCUCAGCUAACCGCCGCAGCGCCGGUCUCGACAUAUAUCGUUGCGCAAAAUCCCGAGGUUCUCGCGCAACUUCUCAAGGAUAAUCAAACUAGGGGGGUAUGUCCCUCCGUCUACACAACCCCUGCCUCGCCUUUCAAUACCUUAGCCGUACAAUUUCAAGACGAAGAUCAAGUCUUAACCACUGCUUUAGUUUCAGAUCUACCCUUUUUCGACCCAACCACUUCAGAACCUUCCGCCUCUCAUGACACUCAUUCGGGAGAUUCCACUUUGUCCGACACUAAUUUGGAUUCCCUCGAUUCCUCAGACACUCCUCUCAUGUCUAGUCUUAACAUUUCAGACGCGACACAAGCUCAAUCCCCCGCUGCUAACAGAAAGCAGCAGAAGGUUAAAGAGAUGCAAAAUUUGUACGCGGUUAGUUCAAAAGUUGUUGGUAGCAUUGCAGGAGAUUUGUAUUCUCCCGUGCAAAAAUUCACAACGUCCGGUGCUAUUCCAAUAACAACUAGUGUAGCUAGUUGCGGCGAAAUAUACGGGCCUGUCGCUAAUUUCACCCAAAGUUCUGCCAUCGUUGGUAAUCUUAGUCAAAGUCCCAGUGUAGGUGGUAAUUUUGGUGAAAAUCCUGGAAACUUUGGGCCCAGCAGCUUGAAUAGUAUCAUAGGAUUGAACAAUCAAAAUCAAUUGUCAAAUUUCGGCCAAUUCUCUGUUAAUAACACGAACCAAGCUUUUAACGUUGCUCAACCGGUGAGCCAAAAUUCCAAUUGCAUACAAAAUCCUACAACUGCUGUCGUGUAUCCUCGUAUACCGAUUGUUACUUCGAGUAACGCUGCUAUUUCUGCAUCCAAUACGGAAUGUUUGUACGGACCUGUGUUAAAAUUCCGAGCGCAAAACAUCCAAAAUCAAAAUGUGACUGAUUUGAAAUCCGUAAAUGUGUCUGUUGGAACUACCAUAGCGAAUGUUAGAGGCAAUUUAGCGCAUACUUCGACUCCAGGAGCAAACCUGCAAACACGACCUGCACACGCUCAGAAUUAUCAACAUCAGCAAAUUUAUUCGAAUAUAAGUACAGCGACAUCACAACCGAUGUAUAUGCCUCAAUCGCAGAAUGCGCAAAACAAUCAAAAACAAAAUCCAAUUCAUCAAUCUGUUUCUUACAUACCGUCGCAACAUACGAAUCAACAAAAUCAAGCAAUCGGCGCUAAUCCAAUUUACACGGCGCAAGCGACUUCUGUUACGGUCGUGCAAGCUCAGAAGGUUCAAGGUCCUAUGUAUGUGCAACAAAUUCAAACUGGAAUUGCGAGCCAUGUGCCGAGUUCCCAAGCGAUGAACAUGAAUCAGCAGCAAUUGUCUUUUGAAAUAGCACAGAGUCAUCCCAUUCAAGUGCAUUUCGCCACAUCGGGUGGUACGGUCCAACCAACUAGCCAGCAACACCUUCAUCCGAGCACAUCUAAUAUUGUAAUCGGUCAACAAUCAACUCCCAUUACUGCCACGCAACAUAGUCAAGCACAAUGCAACGUAGCGAAUCUGCCAAUUACUGCUGCAACAAACGCAACGCAGUAUUUAGUACAGCCAAUAGUACAAUCAGGGAUGAUAAGAUCUACUACACCUCAAAUAGCAACUGGUGUUGCAAAGAUCACUACAUUCGUAAAUCAAAAACAAGAUGAACAACUAACAAGUUCGACAGAUGGCACACUCUCUGGAUCACUGAUAUCUUCCGCAGUCAGUGAUAGCACAAUGUCAUCAAGCAGUUCGAUGACAGAGGAGGCACAACAAGAUCAGAGAAUCGUACAAUCACAGUUAUUCGAUAGCAUCACGGAAAAUUUCAGCAGUGGUAUUGAUGACGAACAAAAAUUAUUAGAACAACGACUUUUAGAACAACAGCGUCAAUCGGAAGAAGAUAGUCGUUGGUUAGCAAGAGAAGAGAAACGUCUAUCUAUUGCGACGAGUGGAGAUGAAAGCGCGAGUCCUCCAGUUCCACGUUCGGUUACUCAAUCACCAAGUCAUGAACAGCACGGGGCUAAUACUGGUUCUAUAGGAUCUGAUAAAAGUACCGAAAAAGUAAUCGUUGUGAAGAAAAUGGAACCUACACCAACUGCCGAUCUAGAUAGGACGAACGAUAAAGUAUAUGAUUGUACCACUAGCGUAGUUCGUGCCGUAAUGUCUUUAUCUCAAGGUGUUCAACAAAGCAAGGCUGAUCAAUAUUUAGAAUUAGUACGUAAAGUGGGUAUCGAAUUGAGAGCGUUACUUUCAUCUGUCGAUGCUUUGAUGGAUAUAUUACCUAUAUCUGCUCAUCGAGAAGUAGAAAUGGCGCAUAAAGUUCUUAGUAAGGACAUGGCAGAACUUGUAACAGCUAUGAAACAAGCUCAAAAAUAUAGUGCUACUACAUUAGAUGCUGAAUAUCGAAAAGGGAUGCUCUCAGCAGCUCACAUUUUAGCAAUGGAUGCGAAAAAUCUUUUAGAUGUAAUCGAUUCGAUACGUAUUCGUUAUCCAUAUGUAGAUAAUCAGAUUUGCCAAAAUCAAAAUCAUAUUAAUACUUCACAAGAAUCGAUGUCAGAAAAUCGUAUUCGUUCCAGUCAAUCUGGAGAACAAUUUCUAAGGAGAAGUCAAUCGAGCGAACGUCAAGGUACUACGUUUAGACAGAGUCAAAGCGGUGAUCUUUUACAUAGAAUGGGUCAAUCUGUCGAUCGUUCAUUGCAGGGUAGUCAAACUGAUGUCAGUAGCGGCUCUAGUUUAGAAAGAAGGCAUCAUAUUGUUACUAAUAGUCUUGAACGUAAUUCGACAACAAGAAGACAAAUGACGACAAAUAGUUUAGAAAGAAAGAGACCAUCAUUGUCUUGUAAUAUCAGUCCUAUGAAUAAUUCGGUUAAUUUGCCACCAAUGGUACCAGUUACCUGCAAUUUAGUCCAAACAGUUGGACCUGUUAUUCAUCCGAGUCAAACAGUUACAACAGGUAUUAAUCAACAGUCAGUGUUUACAACUAAUAAUAAAACAAAUGAAAAUGCAACAACUGAUAGCUAACAACGAGGUGCCUUUGCAUUAAGGAAAACUUCGAAGUAAUAAUUAUAUGUAUAUAGUCUACAUCGUACAAGUUACCCAUUUACAUCUCACACAUAACUCAGCAGCAAGAGAUUUAAUAUUUAUGCUUUAUAGCUCUUUUUAACAUUUAAUAAACUUUGUCUAAACGUACUUAUAGAUAAGGCAGUAUUCAUUAGAUAUAGAAUAGAUUAGGAUUAUCACAGAAAAAACAUAAGUCACAGCUGAAAAGAAAUCACUCCAAAGUUUUAGAAUUAUUAUUAAUUUGUUAUUAUAUAAUAAUCAUGUGUGAAUUGGGUGAUGCAAAAGAUAGCCUUGAGUCUAAAAAAUUAUAAACAUAAAUAAUUUUUAUUAAUAUCAGACGCAACAUUUAUAUGAAAUGAAAUAUUUAAAUUUUAUUGCAUAUAUUAUAAUAAUUAUUAAAAAUAUAUUAUUGCAUAUAUUAUUAAAAAUUAAUUAUAAAAAGAUUAUCAUUAUAAUAUCUAUAAUCGCUUCAAAGAUUGUCUUAUUGUAUCACCCAGUAUGUAGUUGAAUAAUUCUAUAUAUAUACAUAAAUAUAGAUAUUUAUAAAUAUAUAUUUAAAUGAAUAGUUCAAAAUAUUUUAUGCAAAAAAUUUAAUUUCAUAUAGGAUACAAUUUUACAAAAUUAUUUUUACGAAUUUAUAAUUUAUAAUAGUCUAUUUCCUGCUAAAAGGAGUGAUUAUAAUUGUAAAAAAUGGGACUGAAUGUUAUUUCUAUUAGGUAAUUAUUUUGUAAUUCAUAUCAAUUUGUGAAAUUUAUAUAAAAUGUUUUAUAAAAAAAAUGAAUCAUUCUUCAGCAACAAGUCAGUUCCUAUAAAAUAUUUAUACAAAUUUCAUCAUUGCAUAAGAAUAGUAUUGAUAACUUGUCAACAUAAUGCGCUUAUAACGGCAGUGCAUUUACAAAUCUAUUAAAUAUUCCAUAAAUUAAGUAUUCCAUUUUUAUACAUUUAUUUUUUUACAUUCCUGGGAGAAAAUUUAGUUUCAUAUUGGAUUAAAAUUAUUGUCCAUGAUGUUUGACUGAUUUUUACAUUGCUCAUUACUUUACACAACUAUAGUUUUGAAUACUAAUGUGCCAAGGCGUAUUUAUAUGUACAAUACGAACAAAUUUUAUUAUUGAUUAUACAUGUACAGUAAUACUUUUAAUAACAUCCCAGGAAUUUGUAAUUUACGAUUACAAUGUUCGACACUGCUAUUGCAUCGAAAAUAUAAAAUAUUUUUUUUUUUAGAUUUACUUUAAUUGUAUAUAAAUAAAUAUUCAAAAUUUGUAUCAUUUAAUAAUAAUAUUAAUUAUUGAGUUACAAGUAUUAUUUCUAGUAAAUAUUAUUUUUCAUAUAUAUUUUACUAUAUUCAAUUUUUUUUUCACAAAUUGUAGUCACUUAUUUAUCAGAAUUCUAUUGAAAUAUUUAAAAGUUUUCAAUCCUAUAUCUUUCAUGAUGCAUGUUUAUAUCAUCUUCAAUAUUGUAAUAUUACAUAAAAUAUAUGUUUUGUUUUAUAAUUCUUCUUUACACAAUACACAAUAAUAAUAGUUUUUAAGUAUGCUAUGACGAAUAUUACAAUAUAUGAUGAUAUAAUAAAAUUAAAAUAUUGUUAGAAAACUUUUUUUUUUUAUAAAAUAUAUGUUGGAUAAUUUAAAAAAUUGUAUAUGUGACAAAUUUUAUUAGUGAGCUGAUUAUAUAUUAUAAAUUUUUCAAUUAUCAUUCAAUGAACUUACUCAAUUAUUUGUAUAUAUACAUAUAUAGCGCGUGCGCACACAAUCAAUUUAAAAAUAAUAAAAGCUUAAUUUAUUUUAGUUUUUUUAUAGCUAAAUAUCUUCCACAAUCAUACAAGAUUUCGUAAUUUGUAUAACGAAAUAAUAAAUAUAUGAAGUAUUUAUAAUUGUUAGUAUAUAUAAAGAUAGUUGUAAUUUUUUUUUUUAAAAAAAGGAUAAAAUAACUAUUGAAAUGAAAAUAUUCUAGCAUCAUUGAAUCACUGUUAUUAGUUAAGUAAUAAAAAUUAAGACACAAUAUUUAAAAAAUAUUUAUAAAAUUGUGUAAAUGUAACUAUGUAUUAUUACUACAGGCAAAAUAAUAAAUAGUAAGAUAAUUUCAGCAUUA